AUGGAAAUCUCCAAAGCACUAGUUCUAGUUGUUUUAAUAGCCACAGUGUUUGUUUUCCGUAGGUUCUUUGGUUCUGUUUUCGGUACAAUGACGGCAUCUCCAGAGACUGUUCAAAAAGUUCAAAACUUCAUCAAGGACAACAAAAUCUUUGUUGCUUCCAAGACCUAUUGCCCAUACUGCCAGGCGACGAUCAAGUUGCUGUUCGAGGACAAGAAGCUGUCGAAAGACCAGGUGCUACUAUUGCAAUUGGACACCAUCAAGGACGGUUCUGACAUCCAGGAUGCCCUACAGGAAAUUACUGGCCAGAGAUCCGUGCCAAACAUUUUCAUUUCGGGCCAACACAUUGGUGGCAACAGCGACCUUCAGGCCCUUGAAUCAAGUGGCAAGCUGGACGCUUUGCUAAAGAAGGCACUGGCUUAG